AUGAGUGAUGAGCGUAGAAUGCAGGAUGCUAGAUUGGGAGGUUCAAUCAACAACGUGCGAACCCAGCCCCAUCAUAAUCAUGUAGCAUUUGGCGAGAAGCUGUCUGCACAAAAAAUGCCCUCGAUUGUUGGUACCCAUAUGUAUGGGGAGGACAUGAAGAUUUCGAAGUUGUUGCGUCGUUUGCAAACUGAAAAUAACGCGUCAGCUGCAUUGGAAUUAUGUGACAAGUUGGAAAUAGCGGUGCGUGCACAAGCGAAUUCUACGUACAUAUGCCGUAGCUUCGAUGUACUAAUGGAUAAUAUGCUUACAAUACUGAGACAGUGUCCAGAUGAGUGCUUGGCAAAAGCCAGCACAAUAAUGGGUCUAAUGGGCUAUAUUAAUCGCAACGAUUUCCCUGUCUAUAAGAAUUAUAUUUUUAAAGCGUAUCAAGCGCAUCAUUCAAUUAGAAAAUAUGUAAUGUUCGCGUUGAAGACAACCUUCAGCUGUGAUGCUGUGAAUUUGGAUUUGUCUGUAUACAGUGAACGUGUUUUAGUUGCAUUAAAAGACUAUUUGGAAAAUGCUGAAGUGGCGGAUGUCUUUAUAGCUGUCAGCGAGACAAUUGGUGAAUUUUCAAAACAUUACAAGCGUGCAUUUGCGGCGCAUUUUAUGGAUAUUGUAGAUAUCAUUGUCGGUUGGCAUUUAGAGGUAGAACAGCCAGCUAACCUCAAAUUGCAUUGUUCGGUGGCGUUACAAAAUCUGGCGCCAUAUUUCCUGAAGGAACUUGAUUUUACUUUUCGACUUUUGGGACAAUUUCUCGAGGACAUUGUGGCAUUGGGCGAUGAAAUUGAACAUGGCCCAUCGCCGACUACUUCACCGAUUAAGGAAAAUGGCUUACAAAGUCAUCAGAGUAAAGUGGAAGUGCGUGUUGGUUGCUUUAUUGGUGCAUUCAAUUCAAUAUUAAAAUCAUUAUCGAAUCGUGCUGAAUUUGUUGGUAUGAUUGUUGGGGAGAAUAUUGUAAAUGAAGCUGCUAUUACAAUUUCAAAAACAGCUGAACAAACAUUGAAUGUAACAUUGGUUAGUGAUGAUACGAUUAUGAACAUCAAUGAUUUCUUCACUCUACUCUUCACCAAUAAAAGCGAAACAAUAAAUGGGGUGAAUAUUGAGGAAUUAAUAGCACUGCAAAUGAAACAACUCCAUUAUUUUAGCGAUGCGCCCAAAUUAAGUUUACUUUAUUUGAUACUAUGCGUAUUUAGGCAGUUGCGUACAAAACUGCCUUUAUCCACUGUGACUUUGGUUUUUGAAACCACACAUAAUCCACUUGCCAUCAUCAAAUUUACGAAUAAUGAUAAACUGCGUCGUCUAUUUUUAAAAGUUUAUCAUGAAAUAUUGAUGAUAAAAAAUGUACCAUUACUACAGGAGGCUUAUCGGCAUAUCACCGCUGAUAUGUUGAAAGCAAUUGCCACGCUGGAGGAACAUGACAAUACAGCUACCGGACGCACGAGUAAAGUCUUGCAAGCAGAGUUAACACUUAAUUUCUAUUUAACCGCUUUGUCGGCGUUAGCCACACAAACUUCAUCAAUUAUCAGCAUGUAUGCGUUGCAUCCUUCGAUAUUAGAGUUGCUUAUCACACGUUGUAAAGCUGGCGCUAUGCAUUUGUGGCUACGUCACCCUUCGCUGCACCACGCACUUCUAAAUGUGCUUGUUGAUCAUUGCCAAAAGAAUCACAACUUUCUGCCUACAUCUCGUCUACUAAUAGAGCGCUUGUUUGCGCCGAAACACGCUUUGGAUGACAACAAUUCGCCGACAUCUGAGAACUUUACUUUGAUUUUGCAAUUUCUUGUUAGUAUUUUAUCAGCAGCAAAUGACAUGAAUAUUACUAAUUUGGAUUUAUUACUUGAUUGGGUAGCAUGCCUCUUGGUAGAGUGUAAGGGUAAUGCAGUUGUGCUAAAACAAAACGAAAACUUUGUCACCAUAUGCAAAUCCAUAAGUCAGGCCGUGCCUGUGUCGCCUAUGAAAUGUGCGCAAUGUAUAGCAAUCUUGUUAGACUAUACCACAAUUAAUAGUGCAGUGCUGGAGUGUUUCCGUCAUGUGGCACUACUCAUGCUUGACGCGUACGAUACUGAUGUGCGUUGCGAAUACACCCAAAUACUUGGCAAAUUUUCGCUCGCCACUUGUCUGACCACGGUGCGUUUGAGCAGUGAAAUUAGUAUGGGCAAAUCUGAACUUAACGAUCUAAUGCACUGGUAUCGCUCCACCACUUACUAUGCCCCUUUGCGCAACAAGUAUUUCAAAUCGUUUCUAGAACGUAUGGAACCUGACACUACACCCGCUAAUUGCGAACCGCUUCAAUAUGCCAUGGAAGUGUUUUCCAAAUGUUGGAUGGCUUGUUAUCGCGAAAACUCGACAAGUUACGAAGUAACGGUUAAGCGUAGCCGUCGUGCACUUGCGCUCUGGUUGGAAUACGAAGCAGCGCGUCAGUGUGUGCGCAAUAAAUUACGUACAACUAUUGGCAAGCCGCAGGAGACCUUUCUGGCCAUAGAGGCGGUGAUUUCAAAAUAUGCGCGCAUGUUAUCCACCAAAUCGGGCGCUGCUACUGGUGGCAAUGUAAGCAGUAAAUUUACAUUUGCGCAUUGUAUGUCCUUGCAACGAAAUACGCGCAUGCUGCUUAAUUUCAUUGAUUGUUUGGAGAAACAUAUUUUUAAUGCUGCCGAAGGUACAGCUUUUGCUAUACCAGCGCUCGAGAAGCCGGUGAAAACUUUCUUCCGCAUCAACGCUCACACCUGCAAUGAGUGGUUGAAUCGCAUACGGCCAAGCGUAAAUCUAAUCGCAAUGCACAGCAUGAUGCCGGAGUUGGUCAUACGUAAUUCUGAGGUCAUACUUCGCAUGGACAAAUUGAAUGAUGUGCAAUUGGAUCAUACCAUUAUUACGCUCGUUUGGGCUUUGCUAUGCGCCGAUGAGCCUUGCACCCUGCAAGGACUCUACGUCUGGCUUAAAUCCCGUCAUCCCAAAGCCGCAAAACGCUGCGUAUGGAUUUUAUAUGUCGCCGAGCAGGCCAUUGGUCGCAAAGAGUACGCCGCGGAUAGCUACGAGGCAUUUCUCACCGAACAUGACGCUAAUUUGGAUGCGCGCAUCAAAGAAUUUGUUGUGGAUCAGUUAUUGUAUUGUUUGCACUACACCACUCAGUGGGCGCGAUAUCGUCGUGUGCAUGCGCGCUAUAAAAACGACGAGAAGCUCGAUGAUUUUAAUUUUGAAACUGCUGAGGCGUUCGUGAAUGAUUAUGAGAGUGAGGCAAAGCGUAGUGAUUCGUUAAAGGAAGUCAUUAUGGAUAUGACAGGUUGGCCGCGCGGUUAUUGUGAAGAUACACAAGUUCCGGAAACAUUUUCUUACAAUCAUAUUACACAUCAACUACAAAAUGCCUGUAUUUUGAAUGCGCUAAAAUAUAGUUUCAUUUCGCCACCGCUCAGGUACGAUGUGCACGAGUGUAUAAAGAGUGGCGUGCAAGAGUUGCCUUAUCACGGCAAUUUGCGUGUCGGUGAACAUCGCAAUGCGCUCACCGAGAUGCUUAUACUAAAUCAUGUGGCGCAAAGGCUAAGCGAGUUGCCAGAUAUGGAGGCGGGGAAGUUAAAUGAACCACAGACCACAAAUAAUACUGAAAAAUCAACGUUUUUACUGAAAUCUCUAGUGUGGACUUUGAUCCUUGAGAGGCGUUUGGGUUCAACCCCCCAACCGACGCAUCACCAUUCUCUCUACCUGGAUGUAGCGAAUAGCGCACGCCGCGAAGGCAACUCUAGCUUUUGUCGUUCUAUGCUUCAACGCUUUUUCAGCCUUAAAGGAUUCAAUCAGUCGCUCUCAGAGGUUGCGCGUCAGCUGCGCGAGGGUGAGUACAACGUGAGUGUACAUGAUACCGAUUUGGUGCGCGGUUUUAGUGAGUUGACGAAAUGCUCUUAUGUAAAUUCGGCCAAUCAAAUGAGUGCUAUUAGCCUUGGAGCCGCCUAUUGUACACAAAUCAUACAACAAGUACAAGAACAACCGCAUGCUAAUUACCCACCAAGCAGCGGUGAUAUGCUGCUCACCUUAGCCGAUUGGUUAUCGCCCAGAGUUGCUGGUUCUACCACCUGUUGCAAUACCUCAGGCCCGAGUGUAGUCAAUAAUAAUGUGAACGCCGCAUUGGCUUUAGGUGAAAUGCAAGAACUGUUGAAGCAUUUGCCAGAUGUGUCAGUGCAUUUGGUGCAGAAGAGCGGCGACGAUUCGGUCAAUACGCUUAUACCGCCUGCGGAGAAGGCGAUCGGCAAACUCAUCAACGCCAGCAUCUGUCAGUCGAGCAAUUCGUGUGAUGCUUGGUUCGCCUACGGCAAUUGGUGUUAUCGUUGGGGUAAACGUUUGAUGGAGGCAAAGCAUACGAAUGAGUUGAAGAGCGGUCUGCCACAGCGCGAUAUGGAUGCCAUACGUAAGAUCAUCGGCUGUAAUGUGAGUGAUGACUCAAUCAAUCAGAUUGUGAAUGUGUUGAACGGGCAACCGUUGAGCAAUGUCGAUGCGGAGGAGGACAUUGAAAAGAGUGAACUGAGUUGUAGUGAAUUAAUUGAGCACGCUCUGCGACGAUUGGAUGUGCUGGCCGACAAACCAUCGGAGCAAAUAGCGAGCAUCAUAAAGAUAUGGCGACAAGCGCAUCGCAGCGUCUAUGUCUACUACGAAAUGGCUACCAAAGCCUAUUUCAACUAUCUCUCAAUUGGCAACGCUCAGUGCGAGGCGAAUAAUGCAAUUAGCGAUUGUACGCCCGUCACCGUUACGCUGCGUUUAUUGCGUCUGAUUGUUAAAUAUGCUGCAGGUUUGCAAGACGUGUUGGAGGAAGGCUUGCGCACCACGCCACUACGACCUUGGAAAGUCAUCAUACCGCAGCUCUUCAGCCGUCUCAACCAUCACGAGCCGUAUGUGCGUAAAAGUGUUUCGGAUCUACUCUGCCGUUUGGCGGAGGAUCGUCCGCAUUUGAUUAUUUUCCCUGCCGUCGUGGGCGCUCACCAAGAGUGUAAAGAAUCUACACCUAUAUACGGCUUCAGUUCGAACAAAGAUAACAGCACUACCAACAAUGGAGAGCAGAAAAGUAGCACGCAGCUCUCCAACUGCUUCCGUUCUCUGCUGCAGACGCUUUCUCAGCAGGCGCCGGAUACGGUUGCACAUGUGCAGUUGUUGGUGAAGGAGUUGAAGCGUGUCACAUUACUCUGGGAGGAGUACUGGGUGCACUCGCUUUCUCAACUCUACAGUGAAUACGCGGCGCUCUUUAACGCCUUAGAAACGGAACUGAAGAAAGCCGGCGGCAAAGUCACAGAAAAGAUCACUUCAAAGUACGCCAUACUCAUGAAUCAUGUCGUCUAUGAUAUGCAACGCAUUGCCGCCGUCACCGCAAAAUCAGCAGACACCAACUAUGAGCGCAACUUCCAAGAACGGUACAGCACGCUCAUCGCAAGCACCAUAAAUGAGUUGAAUCAACCCUUCAAUCCGGCCAAACCGUUCGAUGGCUGGCUGCGCAUUAAGCAAUUAUAUGGCAUCUUCCAACAACGUUCCCUUCGCAGUUACACAUCCUCACUCAAAAUUGCCGAUCUGAGUCCUGCGUUGGAGAAUAUGCGUAAUACAGCCAUAUCUAUGCCGGGCGUGGAUACAUACGCUAAAGAUCCCGUCUACAUAAGAUCAGUAGACAGCGCAGUGCAUAUUUUACCUACGAAAACCAAGCCGAAAAAGCUCGCAUUCUAUGGCAGUGAUGGACGCAAGUAUACUUAUCUGUUCAAAGGUCUAGAAGAUCUGCAUCUCGACGAGCGCAUUAUGCAGUUCCUUUCCAUAUCCAAUUCCAUGAUGGCACGUGCAAAUACGGGUGUAGAUUCUCGCGCCUUUAAAGCACAUCACUACUCUGUCAUCCCGUUGGGCUCACAAUCCGGUCUAAUCAGUUGGGUUGAUGGCGUUACACCACUCUUUGCCAUUUAUAAGAAAUGGCAACAGCGCGAUGCUGCCUUGAAGCAACAACAAAAGGAGCGUCAAAAUGCGCAAUCGAUUGCUGGCCAAACAUCAGAAGUACUACCCGCCGCCACACGUCCCUCAGAAUUGUUUUACAGCAAAUUGACGCCAUUGCUCGCUGAGCAAGGCAUGAAAAUCACCGAUCCUCGUAAACAAUGGCCACUGCCCAUAUUACGGCGCGUGCUGGAGGAGUUAAUCAAAGAGACACCACGCGAUUUGCUCGCCAAAGAAUUGUGGUGCUUCGCCAACACAGCUUCGGAUUGGCGCAAUUCGGUGCGCAAUUAUUCGCUAUCCAUGUCGGUUAUGUCCGUCAUUGGUUAUGUCAUUGGUUUGGGCGAUCGUCAUUUGGAUAAUGUUUUGAUUAACUUGACUUCGGGCGAAAUUGUGCACAUCGAUUAUAAUGUUUGCUUCGAGAAGGGCAAAACAUUGCGUGUGCCCGAGAAGGUGCCUUUCCGCAUGACACCUAACUUAGAGGAGGCGUUGGGUAUAACCGGAAUUGAGGGCACUUAUCGCCUCGGCUGUGAGCAUGUGUUGAAAAUAUUGCGCAAAGAACGUGAAACCUUACUCACCCUACUAGAGGCGUUCGUUUAUGAUCCUUUAGUCGAUUGGACAGUGAGUGAUGAUGGCACAACAACAGUGGCGCGCGCGACCUCAGCAUACGCAGCUGCUUUAAGUCUGAAUACGUUCGAUGCGGCGGCCAUGUAUGGACAACGGGAAGGUAGCAACGUAAGGUGGGAUAGCGUCGCGGUUGAUGCUACACAACGCAAACAGAAUUGGGAUUGUACGCGACAGUCGCUGGAAAUGCGUCUGAAUGAGCUCAGACCGUUUUGGACGCAAUUCAGAGAUGAUCUGCAAAAGCGUUUCACCGAAAUCGAACAGGCUUUGGAUCGACUCAUCGAUUUGCAAUCGGAAAUACGGCGCGAAGAGCAGGAACGUGAUCGUAUUACCAAACAAUCGGCGAUGAUACGUGAAGUGCAGGCACUUGGCUCUGCCAUGGGUAGUCAUAAAUUAAAUACCAUCACCGAUCGUUACAGCACCUGCAAACGCGAUGAAGGUGCACUCAAUGUCGUUAAAGAGAAUGUACGUAAAUAUCAGAGUGACAGCUGUGCUCUGCUUAUGACAUAUUUCGACAAGCUGCUUGCUGCUUCAACCACAAAUGAGCUUGUCACGUUGCAAUUGCAGUUGUGUGAACUACAAAAUAAUAUACCAGCAAAUGAAUUCCAAAUGCUACAAGCGCUCCUCGAGCAGUGCGGUCAAGAGCCAUUGUUUGAACAGUGUGACUUUACGCGCAAAGAAAUGGACAAUACACUCUUCCAGCAAUGUCGUUGCGCCUUGGAAUCCAUUGAUCUAUUGCAACAAUACAUUGGCGUAAUGCAAUUUUAUCCACGUUCGCAUUUACUGAAGAAUAAUUUAAUUAAAUAUGAAAAAGCCUAUCGGGAGUUGCUAAGCGGUGCGGCAAGUGUAAGCGAGUUACAACAACAAUUUGAAGCAGAAAACGCACAAGCGGUUAGUGAAAGUGUGAAAUUGCAAGCUGUACAGUAUGCGGUUUCGUUGGAGGAGGUUUGGAUUGAAACGAAUAUGUUAUUGACCACAUCGAUCAAUGAAAUGAACGAUCACAAUAAUCAGGUGGUAAUCCCCUUAGAUGUCGCUGUCGCCACAAUACACACAUUCCUCGCCGUAGAUCCCGUUACUCACAUCGAAGCUUUACAGUCGUGCAUGCUGGAAACCAUAACAAAAUCCAAUGACACAUUCUUGACCUUCGAAGAGAAUGCUUUAGAGACGGAAGAUUAUUUUUUGCUCCAACAACAAAUGCAUUUUCUUGAAAUGCUACAACAAAUGUGCGAAGUGGCAUUUCCAGAUGCCGAACAACAGUAUUAUGACAAUUUACUCACACUUACUGAAACACUACAAGCAAUGUAUACAUUGAAAACAGCAUUUGAGCUCUCAAUACCCGAGCGUAUUGUGCGUUUGUACAUGCAAGACAACACGGAUGAAGUGCAAACCGCUUUGACUAAGAUUUGUGAUUAUAAACAGAAUGCUACAGAGUCCCCGCUGGAUUUGAAUAAUGACAGUGCUGAAGUCUCGCUGCUCUACAAUGAGAUAUAUGCACUUUUCGAUGAUUUCGAGACGCGCGUCAAAUUAUUGCAGCCGACUGUCGAGAUUAUGUUGGAGAGAAUAUCGGAUUCCAAUUUUAAAAAAUUUGUGCAAACACGUUGGCGUGAAGGCGACACCUCGUUUAUUGAUAAUGGUUUGAAAUACGAUGUAAUUACCAAUAUUUUCUGCUCUGCGCGUGAUUAUGUGCAUGGUCUGCUGCAUAACGAUACGCAACACAUUUACGAUAUUCGUCGCCUUUCGGCGCACUUCAAUAAUUACAUUAACCUAAUGCAACGCACUAUUCUUUGUGGUCUACCAUCGCUUUUUGCGCAUAUACUACACCAACGACUGACCACACUAGCCGCGCAGUAUCCCCACUUGAGUUGCUUGGAAGUAGCUACACUUAUGAACGCGAAAGGUCUAUGUCAGAACCUAUUACUUUCGCUCCAACAGGGCUUUAGUGGCAAAAAUAUACAGAUGCAAGUGCUGCUGCAUACCAAAUGGUCGGAGCACAGCGCUUUAGUGGGCAGCGCACACUAUUGGUUUAAUGAAGAAGCGCUGCAAAAGGCAGAAACGCAGCUAAUGUAUGGUUUUCCCAAGGAAAAACUACUCAAAUCACUACAGGCCUGUAGUCAAUCGUUGAGCGCUUGGAAGCAUACAAUGAUAAAGAUACACGAUGAUGUUGAAGAAUAUACAGCAGCUGUGACACAACAGCUCAACUGGGCGGUACAGUCGAACAGCAGUUUAUUGCCAUUGCAACCUCAUUUUGCGGAGUAUGCGAAUACGCAAUUGCUACGCUAUAAUGGCAUACUACACUCAGCUACGCAUAUUUAUGAAUAUGCUAAUGCUUUGCUGCAAUUUGAGCUCUUACAGUCAGCAGAUAAUCGUGUACAGAGCUACAAUGCUUUUCUUGCAGUGCUGCAACAGUGGCAGGAUGCGCAGGUGUCAGUGCAGCAGAGCAAGGGAAAUAUUUCCCAAAUCGAGCAGUCAAUUGUGCAACUAUUGGAUCCGGAGGGUAAAGUGGAUCAGUGUUGGCUCGACAAUAUCGCUGGUUUGUUGGACGAUAUGACCUUUACAUCACAGCGCAAAUUGGCCACACUAGAACAUGAAGAGGAUGCACUGAAGGAGGGACUUUUCGAGCAAGGGCAACAGAUGUUGCCUUUGUUGGAUCCACAAAUGCGCAGCGAUAUGCGCCAUCUCUUCAAAGCGAUCACCAAGAACGAUCGUAAUGUCCGCAACAGCGUUGUUACAGACAGAAUUAGCCUUGCACGUGAUCUUCAACAUGCUUUCCGCAUGUUCUUCAAUAAAUUAAGUGAACUACAAAUGCAACUACUGGCACGUAACACAACCGACAAUACGCUUAAAGAUUUAAGGGCUAAAGUACGUGAGCUACUAGCAACACACGAACAAAACUAUGCUAAUCUGUUAGAGUUAGGGCAACGCUUUAAGAGUGACGAUAGCGCGUGUUCCUCAACUACCGAUUCACCACUGCGUAACAAAGGUAGUUAUGCGGCCGCUUUAGAGGGCGUACAGAAAUCCACUGUAAACAAGGAGGAAGCAUCAGCGGCCACAGAUGACGGUGAUAAAAAAGCUACUACCAACAAUAAUGGCGAACAAAAGCGCAACGCUUACGCAGUGUCUGUUUGGAAGCGUGUACGCAUGAAAUUGGAAGGACGGGAUCCAGACACAAAUCGUCGCUGUACAAUUGCGGAACAAGUUGAUUACAUUAUACGUGAGGCAAUGAAUCCCGAUAAUCUAGCUGUGCUCUACGAAGGCUGGACACCUUGGGUGUAAAUGCUUAAAGAAACGGCUUCGUUUAUGAGAAGCUUAAACCUAACUCAAUUCAGCAAGUAGCAGAAGCUGCAACACCAGCAACGACAAUGGCAAAGGCCAAUGCAAUGGACAACAGUUAGCGAAAGAUUAUCAAGCAAGAAGAAGAAAGGGAUAUAGACAGGGAGAGAGAGCGAGCGAUGAGAAUACCAGCAGGAUGGACAGAUGUUUUAAAUGGAAGAUGCAACAUUAUGAUCAUCCGAUUCUUUUAUACAUACAUACCUAAGCAAACAUACAUAUAUACAAAAAUCAUAAUUAUCAUCAAAGCGACGUCUAUAGUAAACUGUAGCUGGAAGUAUGGUUCCCUAAGCACGGAACACAGAGAAAGGAUAUAGUGAACAGAAUUCGGCGUAAUGAACAUUGUAGCCGCACCUACUCCCUUGUUAAUUUACCAGAAAAAAAAAAUGUUUCGCUAUAGCUGUUGUAGACGUUGGGUGGUUUGUUUGUGGGGCUGCUGAGGUUGGAAUUUAGAAUUUAGUCACUGUUUUAAAGCGUAUGUAGCGAUGGGCAAAUAUCCGGUUCACUUUACUCCCAUGCACCAUCACAGAUGCUAUUAUUUGCAAUGUACAUUUCUGUGUGAAUGAGUGAACAACUAUGUUAUACUGGUGUGAUGGUACGUGUUUUUGGGAGGUGAGGUAUGCAUUGGAGUUUCAUCUCACGCACGCGCUUUUCGGACUAAAUUUCUCUUGUAGAUUUUAUUGUUAUAAAAUUUUCUUUUAUUCUCAUUUCGAUUCAUAAUUCUAAUUUUUUUUUCUCCAUAUUCCUGUUGCAAAUAAUCUCUUUGGUCGGAGUUUUACAACAACAACUGUAAUAAACUAUUCGAUGAUCUAAUAUUAAGUUGGCCGUGAAAUAAUAAAUAAAAUAAAAGCUUACAUAACAGUCAUGUGUAAAUGCUUUUUCGAUAUACA